CAGAGGGAGGUGCGGCGCCUUGCGAGAGCCACAAGUGCCUGUUCAUUUGUACGUAUUGCUAGAUCCGAGUGUAGCUUCCUGACUGUUGCCUGGCUUGAUUCCCUGGCUCCACUUGGCCAUCGGGGUGCCCCUCAUCGGACGGAUGACCAAAUCCGUUUCAGCAGCGCUCGCAUUGACUGAAGCGGACGAGGGGGACGUUCGUCCUUGUGCUAGUCAAUCAUCACGGCCUGGCGCCUGGCAACGGAAGCAAGCAUGACACUUUCGACGACACCGGGCGAGGAAUGCUCCCACCCAGCGCUUCGAAAAUGCUCGGGGCAUGCUCUUGCUGCCGACGCAUGCAGGCGUACCGUCCUUAGCCAUUUGGGCUCAAGCCGAUGCGGCUCGCGAGUCCCGCCGAUCUGUAUCGCGAGUUCCUUCCUUGACAGGGGCCCCGCCGCAGCCCCGCCCGUGCCAAAGUCCAGCAGCGCGCCCCGGCAGGCUCGUCGGCCUCCGCCCGCCACGGCGCUGGCGCUGCUCUCCGCUGCCGCCGCGCGUUUCGCAUGCAGCAGGCAGGGGACUACCAGAAGGGCGGGCCGCCACCGCGGGGCAGCAGCGUCACCUCAGAAGAGGGGGCCUGCUGCCCAGCUCCCGCAUCAGCGCGAGGCCGCCGCCAGGGGGGCUGCUGCCCCAAGGCGAGGAGGCGUUUCUUUGACGAGCAACAGUGCACCACGGGCCCCUGCCAGUGGCUGAGUUCCGCGCUACUAUGGCUCGUGUUGAUUGGCGCCUACUUUUGGGUGAACCACGACCUCUUCCGACCGCUGCUCUUCUCCAGCCCCGUGAUAAUCGUUCUUGCGAUCUCGCUGAGCUCGUCAGUCUGCGGUCUGCCCGGGCCGCCCAACUGCCAGAAGCUCGGCAUUUUCUCCGUCAUGAUGUUCCUCAUCUACUGGACCGUGUACAAGACGUACGGCGCCCAGUGUCGCAGCGCUUGGGCCAUGGUCAUGCUCAGCGACGAGGACUUCAGGAGCAACGCCACCAAGGUCGAGGAGACCAUCCACGAGUACCUGAGGGACGACUUCGCAACCAGCGAGAAUGACCAGUUUGAUGACAACUUCGAGAAGCAGGCGAAGAGCUGGCUCGAAGCUGGCUCGAAGCUGGCGAAGGCCGCGCACGUGCCGGACGCUCCUGCGGGUGUGGGCAUGGCCGACAUGUUCAACAGCAGCGCAAGGUCUGAAGCGCCAGAGCAGGACAACGGGUCAUCGUCACACUCGUCAACGUCGUCAAAAUCGUCAAGCCCGUCGAGAGAGUGGGGGGUGGUUGCGGAACAGUGGGGAGGGAAAAGCGGAACGAGCAGUCAGACUUCGCCUGCGAGUCCGAUCUCGCCUGCGAGUCCGCCGGUUCAGAAUGCACCUUUUGAUGCUUCCGUGGCGAUGGAUGGCGAGGCGGCGGUCGAGGCCGCUGUGCAGGAUGCUGGCGAGGAGUGGUUCAAACCUUGGAGCAAUGGGGAUUCAUUGCACAAUUUGCUGCUCCGUGCGUACUGCCUGCAUCACCGACGGGACCCGUUUUUGCCCCACGUAUACCCGCUGACAAAGUUUGGCAUAGGCGGGCACGAGGUUCAUUUCAAGCUGCCCUGCACCUUCGGCACCUGCGUGCUGACGGAGAGCCGCGAGUCAGGAACUGGCAAGCUCGUGUAUUUGUGGGUGCUAGUUGGCAUGGGCAUUUUUCAGUGGCUCCACGGCCGCCUGACAGGGCUGCCUAACAGCGCGUGCUGGCAGUGGCUCUGGGCGUGCACGCUACCCCUGUGGACCAUUGCUCUCGUCCAGUCCACGGGCGAGUUGGCAUCAUUGGAGCUUCCUGAGCUCGUCGGUUAUUCGAUGCAGUCGGCUCGGGACAUGGUUGUCCACCCGUUCAACGGCGAGUGGGAGACCAGCGCAAUGACCACUGCGGAGGAGAAGGACGCUGCGAUUGCGAUGAGGGACAGGGACACCGAGCACAUCGUGUUCGUCACGUUCCUGGUCGCGGCUGUCGUCGCGUUCUGCUUCCGGCAGAAGAUAGGGGAUUUUUUGGGGUUGCACGACUGGUUGCCUCGGUUCUCCUUGCUUGGCGGCUCGGACCGCCACGAGUUCCAGGUGUGCGUGUGGAAGGUGGAGCCAAGGGGAGUCCCAGGGGACGACGGCAGAGGCAGUUUGGGUUUGGCUGAUGGAGGCGGUGGGGGAACGUCUUGGCCAGGAUGGCUGUUCGGAGGUGGAUCUGGUCCAGUAGGCUGCAUGGCAUCACCGCGCGCCAUCAACCGCGCCACUCUGCCUUUCGAGCUGACCGUGCACUUGACGUAUGCGGGCGACGAGCUUAAGCGCUCUGAGAAGACGCGACCUGCCGAGGAGGGGCUGAUGGUCUCGAACGUGUACUACGUCAGGGAGUGCUUCAAGCUCAACAUCGAGACGAUCAACAGCAGCGACUUUAUCGUCGAGAUGCGAGGCAUUAUGGGGGGCAACCUCUUCCGAAGCACGGUGGCCAUCGGCCCCGAGAUGCUCGAUCAGGCCUUCAGGCGAAGCAGUCAGGCACAUUCGCAGCGAAUAUACGAAGAGCAGUUCGGGGCGAUGAAGAAUUCGCGCUUUGAGGAGGACAGGAUGAGAAGUCUGGGUUUCCAGGGCUAUCCUGGCAACAAUGGGGGUGAGAUCUGGUUGGCGUUCUGUGACUACUAGGCCAGGGAUCAUGGGUAGGAAGGAACAAAUGUGUCUGCACGGUCUAGUGAAUUCGAUCAACAAGACCCAACGCAGACGGGCUUGGCAAAGCCGAGUCGCCCUGUGCAGGGCAGGACGGAACGCAUUAAGCUUGCAUAAGUUGCGAGCGAUUGGCAAAACGGUCAGACGUUUCGGGUAUCCUCGUCAGCCCCUCCUCCAUUCGAGGUAUGAGUGCUCCAGUGUUGGCAUUCCG